AUAAAGAUGGAGGAGUGUGCGCUAUUGGUGUGUGAGGCUCUGGGUGUACACAUGGGAGAAGAGGUGAGUGUAGAGAAGAUCUUGUCGCUCUAUCAGGACGUCUACCACACUGCUGCUGAACUCCGAGACACACAGAGAGCCGUUACAAAGGUUAGAUCACAGAAUGGCGGAUUGCCAUGCUCAGGCCGAUGGAUCCUCUAUGUUCUUCUGGAGAUGGAAAAAGAACGAGAGAAUCGGGAAAAGUUAUUGUGGGAGCUGCAGAUGCUGAAAUCAGGCGUCGGUGGAGUUUCUGACACAAUAAACACACAACCGCUUUCCACACACACCAACUCCAAAUACAACAAAUUUCAGAAUCGAGACAAAAAACCAUGUGGUUUGUCAGGACUCCUGAGAAGGGCUAGAAAAUUAUGUGUGAGGCUGGACGAUGAUGGUAUAUGGAGCAUUCUCCCAUCUCCAUCCCUCGAUCAUGUGACCUCCAGACGUCUGUGUCUGAUAAACCCUACGAAAGCAGACGUCCUGCUCUUACAGCAGUAUAAAUAUGACAUCAUCAAAGAGCGACUUUACAGAGAGAUGCUGCAGGAGGAACAUGGUGCUGGAUGGUGGGAGUUGAUGGACCCCUUGGAGCAGUCAGAUUGUGUGUGUGAUGUGGAACAGAGAGCAGAAGAAGCGUUUCAACUGAACGAUGUACUGCGUAUGUGUGAGCUGCCCAGGGCUUUUAACUGUUAUAGGAGCGGGGACAAGGUGCUGUUACACUCCUGUCCUGAUGAGGUUGGAGUGACAGAGCAGGCGUGGACGUCCUCGACCAGUGGACAGAGCUGGACGUCUAUCAUCUUCCUCUCUGUGCUCCGGUGUCACUGUGAGGAGGAGAGACGAGCUCUCACUCAGCUGCUUAACAGAGUGGAGAGACUCGUCCUGAUCGAGAUUUAUCUGAGUGUGUUUGUUUCUGUGAGGAGAAUCGAGAGAGAAACACACACACAUACGGCACUUCUGACUGCCAGACAACACUGGGACAACAAAUGGCCAUAUACGAGACGUUUGGAUGUCGAGGAGUUAGGGAAGUUCUGGCUGCAGGAAAAACAAACUCCAGUCUCAGACCUAAGAGACGAGUCCAGAACAUCACGCUGUGUAUGGCAGGCUGUGCUGCAGUUUGUUGUUCUGUGUCAGGAGAAGGAAAGAAGAACACUGCUGGAGAUCCUACAUAGUGUCUCACAGGAGGAGCUUCAGGAGGAGAGACACACACUAAGACCUGUCCACAAGAUGACAGGAUCGGCCCUUAGACAAGGUUGUGUGUCCCUCCUGAGGCAGAUGAAAUCCUCUCUGCAGUGCAGCUCCUCAAAAUCCUCUGUUUCGUGGGCCAAGUGUGCUGUUCAUUUACUCACUCAGCUCACACACACACAAGACCUGGAGGUCCAGACUUUAAUACACACACUUCCUGCCAUGGAUUCUGCUGCUCUCAUGGAUCUGUUGCACAAAUAUGAGCUCGAGGUGCAUUCACCGAAACUACACAACCUGCACAACUUACUGCAGACAUCCAACAGCAAGAACACACACAUUGCCAUCUCAGCACCAGACAGCGAGAGAACUGAACAGAAACACAAAACUCCAUCACAUUGUGAGGAGCAAGAAAUCUGUACGGGCUGCGGUGUGGUCCUUGUCCCUGAAGAUACUCCGUAUUUAGAGAUCCUUGGUGUUGGAGAGAAGAGAGAUGAAGAGAGGAGAAAAGGAGGAGAGGAAGAAGAAGAGGAGAGAGAGAAGGAAACUUUAAGGAAAAUAAGGAGCGAGAUGGAAGAGCAAAAGAAGAAGAAAGGAUAUGCAGAAGACAAGCUGGAGAAAAAGAGGAAGAGAAGGAAGAGUGGGAAAAGUGGAAGAGAAGAGAGAUGAAAGAAAUGGAGAAGAGGAAGAGACGAGUGGAGAAAAAUUAUGAGUGAAAGAUUAAAGGAAAAAAAGGAAGUAAGAGAUGAAGAGGAGAAGAGAAAUGAUGGUGCUGUAGAGAAACAGGGAUCGCUGAUUGCACUGGCAUGGAGCAAACCAGCAAGCAACAAUACACAGAACGAAAGCAGCAGUGAUGAACAUGGAACAUCAGCAGCAGCUCUGGGUAUGGACCUGGAGAACACACCAGCAAACAGAGAGAUACACACAGAGGACACAGUGUGUGAUGCGGUGUGUGAGGAACAGCAGC